AUGUGCACACCCUACGCUAAUCCGUCCGUUCUCCCUGGUGAUGACGAGGAAGAGUUUCCGUACGACGUGGAAGAUGAUGUCUUUGGAACCGUCGAGCCACUCGACGAUUACAAACCUGGCGGCUUCCAUCCCAUCAUCUUCGGCGACCGACUCGGUGCAAACGGCCGCUUCCGAGUGGUGAGCAAGCUCGGCGCCGGUGGCUACGGCACCGUUUGGCUGUGCGAGGACACUUCCUCCCCGAUCCUGAAGUGGCGUGCAGUAAAGGUCAUGUCCGCCAAGGUUUCGAAGCCCGACUGCGCAGAGCUUCGUACACUGGAUGCCUUCCACGGCAUUGAUCGCUCAACACUCGAAACCAACUUCCAUCUUUCACCCCCGCUCGAGCACUUUUGGAUCGAUGGUCCCAAUGGCCGCCACCUCGCCCUCGUCUUCUCCCUCUGCGCUGCUACUGCCGAAUCCAUCUUCACAAACUACGGCCACUGCCGCUCCCUGAUCAAGGACCUUUGCUUCCAACUUGCCAAGUCCCUCGAGCUCAUGCACUCUCGCGGUCUUUGCCAUGGCGACUUCCGGCCCUCGAAUAUUUUGUUCCGCCUCCGCGACGGCGUCGACUCGCUUCCUGAGGCCGAACUCCUGAAACACAUGGUACCGCCCAGACCCGUCCGCGUCAUCUCCAUCGAGGACGAAAAGCCCGUCACCCGCGCCUCUGCUCCAUCCGUCCCCGAGUUCCUCAUCCCGUGCACGAGCGUUCCCUACCACAGCGGUCUCUGCGCCACCCAGCUCGCCCCGGGAUGGACAGGUAUUCCCACCCGGUGGGCCGCACCCGAGGAGCGCUUCGGAGUACGCGACCUUCUAUCGUACUCGUCCGACAUCUGGUCCCUGGGCUGCGUCAUUGCCUGGCUGGCCAUGGGGCUCACUCCGAUGGGUCAUGAGGAGGACGGCGCGUGGUUAGACGAGCUCUCGAUCAAUAUGGAAAAACAUAUGGGCCCGAUGCCUGAGCCGUUCAGGACCAAGUUCUACGAGGAGCACGAUCAGAAGACUCCGGCGGAGGAGUUGGGCAAGGCGGAGGCGGAGUUUGAGCCCGUCACGGAUAUCGCGAGGAAGGAGUGGCAGCGGCACAGAGAUGAACAAACUGUGGGCCAGAAGAGCGCAGGACACACCCAGUUCGGGCGGGACUUGUUGAAGAGCACGAUGACCGACGCGCUAUGGACGGGUGUAACGGCCGUGGAAGUCAAGCAGAUGAGCGGGCAACUGCUGACCAAUCCUUCAAAGCUCCCCUUCUCAGACUUACGCCAGCUAAGCAGCAAAGCGCGACCGGUCUCUCACGAUAAACUAUCCGUCAAGCUGGAAGACGCAGAGAUCGACCAACUUUCCGAUCUGCUCAUGUCCAUCUUCACAUGGCACCCCAAGGAUCGCGCCACUCUUCAACAGGUGCUGAAUCAUCCAUGGUUCGAGGGCCGGAAUCGAAACGCCGCAAAGGUGCCAUCCCGGGCUACCACCAAGAAGAGCGUGGUGGACGAGGCUGUCGAGAACGUCAAGUCAUACCUCCAUGCCAACGUCACCAACCGCUGGGCUCAGGGACUCUCUUAG